AUGGAAGCAGGCCCUUCAACCGAUGCUGACAUCCAAAACAAGGUCAAGAAGGCCCUUGAAGGAAUAAGUCUCGAGAUUUCGUCUCUCGAAAAGCUUUCGGGAGGGUCUGUGAACUGGAUUUAUGUGGAAAAAUUGAAAAGGCCAUUGGAGGAUGGGACGCUCGAGGUUUUGGUGAAGCAUGCCGAGUCAUACAUGGCGUCCAAGCCAGACUUCACUUUACCUUCACUACGCUGCGUCUACCGCCAUCAGGCUCUUGGCAGAUGGCUGAAGGACUUUACUGAAUGGAAUUCUCAGCAGACCGAUCAUCGAGAAGUUAUCGCCCAAAACGAGUUCGCUCAGACGGUCCGACACAUGGUAGACUAUCAAUGGCUGCACAAGCGGAUUGAAGAGUUCCCGUCAGUCCUCAGUGACGGUAGGGCUGUCCUUGAAGAAGUUGAGAAGACAGCUGCCGCUGAGCUGAAGGAACAUAACAAGCUGCGUACUAUUCAUAGGGAUAACGAAGCCCUUAAUCGCUGGCUCAUCACGGCUCCCAAUCCGGAAGCCGUCGAUGAAUGGUGGCGUGAGGCUUCCGAGAAGUCCGAUGUCAGGCGUCUGGGUACUGACUUCUACACCUACACUAAUGGGACACCUCCAACCUUUGCUCCAACGACUUCGGCCAAGAUCAUGUUCACUCUGAUUUACGAUCGCGAUGCCAGGCCUACUUCAAUCUUCGACCAGCCCGAUAGGACCGAUGUUGUAGGCGACAUCUACUGGCUCGAAAUUGGUGGUCUGAUUUACGCUACCAAGCAAGGCCGCACUCGCUUCGUUAUCCGUCUUGCUGGACAGCAACAGCAGAAUGGCGAUAGAAACAAUAUUGUUCUGAUCGACAAAGACUUUGUCUCUAUCAGUGCUAUGGGGAGUAAAGGCAUAAAAUAUGUCAGCACGAACGAGGAUGGCGAGUUGAUCCUUAAUGGACACAGUCAUGGCUUAUUCUAUGGAGAUCUCAAGAAGAACUUCCUCGCUCAGGGACAGACUGGUGAGUCUGAUAGUGUUCAGAUCACCCAGACCGACGGCUACGGAGAGGAAUGGGAGCUUGUUAGGCAGAUGUAG